AAUGGAACAAAGCCCAUGAAGGUAUGGGCUGGGACUAGAAAAGAGCUGGGAGUGCAGCUCAUGCCUGGAUGGACAAAGGAGCCUUUUAUUCAGCCAGGAAAACACCUGCUUGCAGGAAUGAGGCAAGACUUGGGGAAAGAUAUGGUCAUUGAUCUGCCAUUGCUCUUGGAAGGAGGUGGUCUGUGGUGUGAUUGGAGGAAUGCUCCCAAUAGUGGGCCACAUGUGGAAGGGGAGGACGGCGAAAUUGGGAUGGUCAGCUCUGCGAUUGAUAGUCCAACACCAGAGGAGUCCCUUACCCCUUUGGCCAGACUCAAGAAAGACAUCAACAGUGACAAUGUCUUCAAUAGACAAAUGGUUGCUCGUGGUCUACUGGACACCCUAAGAACGGUCUGCGACAAUGAGGAAGAUCGGGAAGCCGGGCUAGAAGCCAUGAGUCACCUAUCGGAAGAUAUCGAGCCGAUGGUGCGAGCCGAACUGAUGGAGCAGAUACCGCACAUCGCGAUGCUGUGCCACGAACACCAGCUCCUCUUCCCAUCCACCAUCCAAGACUACAUCUUACCUACGGUGGUGCGCUAUCUCACAGAUACAAACAACCAGGUCCGGAAGACCAGUCAAGCAGCAUUGCUAGUCUUACUAGAACAGGAGUUGGUUGGGAGACAGGACAUGGAGGAGCAGGUGUGUCCAGUCAUUGUCCAGUUGUCCAGUCAGGAUAGUUCAGAUGACUACAGAACAGAGGCUGUGGCACUGAUGAGCAAAGUUGCGCCUCUCGUUGGCAAGGAAAUUACGGAGAACUACUUCUUACCCCAGUUUACAGAAUUGUGCAAAGACAGUUUAUUUCAUAUACGAAAGGUCUGUGCUGCAAACUUUGGUGAUAUUUGUAGUGUUGUAGGAGAGGAAGCAACAGAGAAACUCUUGUUACCAAGGUUUGAAGCACUUUGUGAGGACGGUGUUUGGGGAGUUAGGAAAGCCUGUGCAGAGUGUUUUAUGACGGUAUCCUGGGCCACAUCCAAGCCUAAACGAGAGCAGGAACUCUCUAAUCUCUUUGUCCAUCUACUGCGGGAUCAGUCUAGAUGGGUACGAAUGGCAGCAUUUCAAGCAUUAGGUCCUUUUAUCUCGACAUUUGCUGACCCAAGUAUAUCAGGCAUUCAUCUCUUAUACAAUGCAGAUGGUACAGUCCAAGUAGCUGGCGUAGUGCCUAUAGACGAUGAUUUUAAUAGUAACAAACAGACAAAUAACUCAACUAAUAAUUCAGAUAAUAGACUAGCAGAGCACACAGUUAUAGAUGAACGCAGUAACAAUAAAUCACUUUCUAGCAAAGACGGGGCAAGUAGCGAACAAAGUACCAGUCAAGACAAAAAGACACUUCAUCAAGGGGUUGGGGAAUUAAACUUCAAAGUAGGGGAUGGGGAACCACCUGCUCAUCAUGAUGACAGUCCAGAGUAUAGUUCUUUCAUGUUUUGGCGACAGCCAGUGCCUGUUCUUGGAACGGGAAAUAAGGAAUCGUCUAGUACUGAUAAGGAGGGUGACAAGGAAGAUGGCAAGGAAACUGAGGAAAGCAAAGGGGAAACGAUCGAGAUGGAAUCAGUAGAAACAACGUCGCAGGACACUAACGACAGUGCAGGUGAAUCAAGGACUAAAGAUGAUAGGUUUACAAGUACUACACAGUUUGUGAUAGGAGGCAGCAGCAAUACGGGUGCAGAGAAAUCAUCGCCCGACUCUGGCAUCAGCAGCCCAGAGGCUGUGCAUGAGGACAGUGAUGGCACAGCCUCGGGCGAAGGUGCUGAGGCUAAAGAGCUGAAGAAAGACAUCCAGAACUUGGUGCAGACAAUAUCCCAGAUGAAUCUAGAAGGCGACGGAGAGGACGCUUCGUCACAGGAUAAGGACCAUCAGACGGAGACUGACGGUAGUGUCAAGCUUCACACUGCUGAUGUCAGUGAAGCCAAUGACAUCACAGAGAUGGUAAUGCAUCUACCAAGUACUCAGACCCUGGAGCAACGGAUUGAUGACAAGACUCUUUCAUUUGUUAAUGGUGUUUUGGAAGAGGAAGAAGAAGUCAAUGAAUGGUCAGAAGUCGAGCCUUCCUUCAAUCAAGUCUCGCCUAUACAAGAUGUGAUUCCACACCUUCUUCUGGAGAACUAUCUGUCCAUGACGGACCCACGGAUAGCUCAGGCUGUGGAUACAGAGAUCGCCAAGCAUUGUGCCUACAGUCUACCUGGUGUGGCCCUCACCCUUGGUCGUAAGAACUGGUCUUGUCUCAAAGAUAUCUAUGAAACAUUAGCCUCUGACAUGCAGUGGAAGGUGAGAAGAACAUUAGCUUUCUCUAUCCAUGAGAUGGCCUUGAUCUUGGGAGAUGCCAUCACAUCAUCAGACCUUGUGCCUAUCUUCAAUGGCUUUCUAAGAGACUUGGAUGAGGUUAGGAUAGGAGUCCUCAAGCACUUUGCCGAUUUUGUCAAGUUACUACAACCAGAGCUAAGGAGACAGUACUUGAGUCGGAUGACAGACUUCCUGACGACAGACAACCAAAGGAACUGGCGCUUCAGGCUUGAGCUAGCAGAGCAACUGAUCUUGCUGUGUGAUCUGUAUGAUCCUAGUGAUGUGUGUGAUAACAUCUUACCCAUAGCUACCAAGCUUGCUGGUGAUAGGGUGGCUGAUGUCAGGUUUACGUCAUAUAAACUGUUGAGCGUGAUUGCAAAGAUUAUCAUGUCCUCCAACAAUGGUGACUUGAGAAAGACCUUCGUCCAAGAGAUAGUCACCAAUUAUGCUCAGAGCCCAAGAUGGGCACACAGGCAGGCGUUUUGUCAUCUAUGUCAGCGCCUACUCCAGGAUCAGUCUGUUGAGCCAAACAUCUUUGCCGUUGAGUUUCUUCCUGGUUUGCUUCAUCUUGAGGAGGAUCCUAUUCCUAAUGUGAGGCUCACACUGGCUAGGACGCUCACAGAAUACAUUCUUCUAAUCAAUUAUUUUGAUCAUACUGAGAACCCUUAUCGGGACGAGAUGCUGGCAUGUCUUAGUCGGCUACGAGGAGAUGAGGAUCGGGAUGUUAGGUACUAUUCCUGCCUGGGACCUUCAGGCGAUGCCAAGGUUCAUUAUGCAGAAGGGGAACUUCCCGUAUAACAAGAAGUGGGCUUUCUUCCUCACCGGAUGGACUUUCGUACAUACUUCCUUCUUCCACAAGUGUGCUGCAUACAUACUACAACCUCACUCACUGACAAUGUGUAUGCCUUCAAACCCCCAACUACCAUGCCCAUGAAUAGCUUUUAACAAUAAUGAUAUUCCUGCAAAGCUCUUUUUAUUUGCAGAAGGAGCGCUCAGUUAACAGCAUAGAGCCUUUGAAGAAAAAAAAAUGGCUGGUAUUUUCAUAGUAUUGAUUAAUUUUACCUAAGGUAAAGUUAGACCAUAUUUUCAUGGAAUGCCAGUAGUCUAUCUAUUCAUCUAGAACAAAUGAUUUAAAUUCUGCAGUAAAAAUUAUCUAGAACAAAAUUAUGAUAUAGGUUUUUAAAAAGAUGGAAUUUUUUUCAUGGAUGUCAAGGCAAACAAACACAAAAUAGCAUUCUGUAGAAGUGUGGAUGAAUUUCCUAUUUAGUAGAAAUUCAUUAGAUAAAUAAAUUUGGGUUAAAAUUAUGAGAAAACAACGUAACGUCUUUAGACCCCAAGAUUUACACCCCAUCAUUGCAUACCUUGUGGUGGUGUGUGACGUCCACGUAUCUGCCAUUUUGGGACAAUUAUUUAUUCACAAUGACUUUAUUUUCAUAUCGGUGUAAUACCUCAAAUUUUCAUGCCAGCAGGAUUGAGUAAUCAAUGCAAGUGUUGAAAUCUGUACAGAUUGUAAGGGGUAUUAUGUUCUGUAGCAUGAGCAAUGCAAUUUGUUACACUGAACCUAACUAAUAUGUGCAAGUAUGAAGCUUUCGAUUGAUGUUAACAUUGAUAAAUACAUGUAUGUGGGAGCUGUUUGCUGUAAAGGUAGAUUCAGAUUUUGGUUUUCAAUACUGUUAGAUAAUGGCAAAUUACAUUGAUAUCCCUCAUGUUUGUGUUGCGAUGGUCACUGGUAGGUCCUCCUAAUUUUGUUCUUUAUUGCCUAUGAUGGGCUCAUUUUGCAAAGAGGUGCAGAAGUUGUAAUGUGAAUUCAAACAGAGAUCUCAAAUGUUUUGUUUUAAGAAGAGUAUAAAAGACAAUUGAUUUGAGUUUGAUUUGAAUCUCUGACAUCUUUUUGUGACAUGUGACCCCUGAUCCUGCAUUUCGCUCUUCGCUUGAGCUCUUUGCCCUAGAAACCACUUAUUUCAAUUGCAUUAGCCAUUCCCAAUACUACUAUCCCCCUGUUCCUUCCAAAAUUACAAACUUCUUCUUUCCGAGUGAUUGACAUCACUGCACAUUUGUGAGAUUUACAAGUUCACGACCACAACGAAAGGCCUACUUAGAUUUAGGAAGCUUCUCUGUUGUGUAGUGCACUUGUGUUAAAUGCCAUCUUAAUUCGAUGCUUUUUUGUAAUUGUACUAAUCUUCUCUUGACCUGUCUGGUUAUGUCCCAUAUUUGUCCAUAUUGGAAAUCCCCAUUAUGAAUGUAGCUUCUCUAUAUAUAUAUCCCUUCAUUGUUUUACUGAAUAGAUAUCACAUCAGAUUUAUCAUGAUGUAUGAUAAUGAUGUACAGUUGCUUGUCAUCUUUCAUUUGUGGCAUAUUCUUGUUAUAAAUGAAUAAUUCAGAGUGAUUUCAAACUAUUCUUAAGUCAUGCAUUGAAUUUUUAAAUGUCUAUUUUAUAGUAUGAUAUUGUCUAUUUUUAUAUUCUUUCAAAUGUGUGUACCGUUUUUUCUUGGCAUAUUUUUCAUCCUACCAAAGUGUAUAUAUCUGAUUGCUUUUUUUUUUAAUUAUAAAUCCUGAGCAAGCCAUUUUUAAAUUCUGAAAUUAUAAAACAAUUUGAAUUCAUUAUUGAAGAUUUCAUUGAAACCAAAAUCAUGAAAUAUAAACCAUGACAAUACUUAAGUGUGUCUGAUAAAAGUGAUAUUAAACCAUUUUUUCCCCCACUGAAUAAACAAUUACCCAAUGGAGUGUUUAAUCUACAAAUCAAAUACUGUUUAAAUUCACCAUAUUCUAUCAACCUUUGCUCAAUGGUACUAAUCAAGUACUUUUUUUAGGAAGCAAUAUAAUGAGUUAAUCGCACAGUAUUUACUUUGCAAGUUCAUGUCAUGUGCAUGAUCCAUUUAUUUUUUCAAAGUAUAUUUUGUUAACAGUAUAUAGUUUCUCUUCGUUGUAUCUGUACUAUGUUUUUAUUACUAUUGUUUACAUUGAAUGAUGCUGGUUUUGUGUCAUGCUGCAUUUAUUUUAUCGUAGAUAGCUUCAACAUCCCCGUUCUCCUGGAUAACAUACAAGAUUAUCAAUGCUUUAUCAAACAUGGAAUAAUUACCAACAAAAAGUUAGAUUUUAUUUGAAAUAAUAAUAUAUCUUGAGCAAUUUCUCUUUUGCUUGCGUGAUGCCAAAUAAAUCAAUACCUAGUUCCAGCAGUAACUCUUCUGUGUACAUGCCUAUGAGAUGACACCAUCAAAAUUCAUGAAUCUUCUGAAAGAAAGGGAUAAGUACCAUGCACUCACUAUGUGUUGCCUUUUAAGGUAGACAAAAGUGUAAUCAUCCUUUAUGUUCGCUUUAAUUGCUUGUUUCUCACAUUCUUAUCCAACCCUUUUUGUCUCGCUGAGAAUACCAUCAGAAUUCUGAUUGCUCAGUACAGACCGUACUAUUGAAUUUUAUCAGUUACUCUCAUUUUACUUGUGCCUUUUAUUGUAACGUGUGUGGAUCAGCACAAGUUGUGUUUCAAAUGGUUUUUAUACAAUGGUCAUAAUCCAGAUUUUAUGAGUGAUCUGUAUGAUGGAUAGUAUUACAUGUCACUUUUUAAUGCAUGGUUUAUGCUCGCUGUUCGUGAGUUCAUCAAAAUCAGCAGGUUUUUUUUUUUGUUAAUUUCACCAUGCCCAUAUAAAUCUGUUGUAAUAAAAAGCUAAUAUUUCUAGAAUUGUCUUUCAUCGUGAUGGAUUGACGAAGUGAAUAUACUUAAUAGUACUUGAUAUAUUAGCAAUGUGCUAUUGGGAGUGACAGUUUUGAUGUAUUGCAAAAAUAUUGUAUCUUUGUUUUUAUUGUAGGUUUCAUUAAUAAAGGGACAUGUAUGUAUGAUAUUGAAGACAACAGAAAAAAUGAUUAAUAUAUAAGCAUACUUUAACUAUGACUUGUUAAAACUGUACUACUAACAACAUAACACUGUAUAGGGUGUAUGAAAUCGUUGCUGUUAACUUUUAUAGUCUGAAGAAAAUGUGCAAAGGUAGAACAUUGAAAAGAAAAAUGAGAUUUAUCAUGUUGUGUAUAGUCCAAAAUUAAAUUCUGAAUUGUAUGAAGAUGAAA